UAUUGCACGGCCAAUCAAAUCGCGCAGCCGCAGUUCCAGGACUAUUCAGACCCAAGAGGGAUUAGAACAGCCUGGUCUAGCGGCGUUGUCGUGCAAGGCCGUGAAUUCCGAGCCCAUCUUUGGCGGGACUACCGUUAUCUAGAACAAUCCCGUGAAGAGGCCGCUGAGAUUGCUUGGAAGACUUUGAAUGGGAUACCUGUCACAAAUGCUCCACAGUUUACAUACGGACGUGGGUACACUACAAUGUCAAGAUAG